UAUGUUCGAAGAAUUCCGAGUUGAAGAGCGACCUUCUUUAUCUUCAACAACGAAUUUAGUUAGAACAAGUAAAGAAAGAACACGUGAUUUAUUUAAACGUAGACUCAUAUAUACUGAUUUACAUGGCAUUCAUAAAGUUUUCGAUAAAAGGGUGUGUUUUCUCAGAAGGAUGGCAUUUGGAGUAGCUAUUAUAUUGCUACUAGGACUUCUAAUUCCACUUUGGAUUGGGGUUGUUAAAAAAUUAUUUUAUCCUCCAAUUAAAACAAGUAGAAGUUUAAUUGCUUUAUCAAACGGAGAAAGUCAAACCUUCCCGGCUAUCACAAUUUGCUAUUACGCGCAAUAUUCGUUAGAAUUUAUUAGAAACUACGGGGAAUUAAGAGGCUUUGUAGCUGAAUCCUGGCCGGAUAUCAGAUCUAUCGAAUCAACAGUUGAUGAACAGAUAAAUUCCUUUAAUAUACAUAAAAACUUUUCUGAUCCGGAAAAUAUACUCUCAGCUGCAAGUGACUUCCCCGGUGACCAUUUUGUUGAAUGUCAGUUCAACAGUAACAGAUACGCAUGCGGUAAAUUUCUGAAAAGAGUUUUAACUAAUUUCGGUUUUUGCGUCCAUUAUUUUGGAGCUAAUUAUGGUGCUUCCGGACUUAGAGUCACCAUACACAGACCCGGAACUGAACCGGAUGUGUCUAACUAUGGGUUUUGGAUAUCUCCAGGUUCGGACACUCAAGUGGCUUUGACUGCAACAACAACUCUCCUAGUAGAAAGAAAUGGUUGCAAGAAUGAUCUACCAACUUUGGAGGAGAACAAAUCAUAUACAAUGAAUAGUUGUAUAAUGAAUUGUGUACAAAGUUGUAUUACUCAGAAAUGUUCUUGCAAAUUGAUAUUUAUGCCUGGUAAUGUCAGUGUUUGUAAUAGUAUUGAAGCUAAAGUAUCGAAAGUUAACGCCACUUUAAAAGAAAUUAAAGAUGGAGCCAUAAAAACUAGUAUAUUUUUUAAAACGACUAAAACGUUAUCAUUACAACAAUAUAGCGACUACAAUUGGUUAGAUAUGUUAUGUGAACUAGGUGGCCAACUAGGACUUUUUGUGGGUGCAAGCAUAUUAACGGUGGUUCAAAUUAUUGAAGUUAUUUUCUCUGUAAUAUUUUACUUUAUCAAAACAAGAGGAAAAAAGAUUAGCCCAAAGAAAUAA